CCGGGGGAAUCUCUUUCAAGCCCUGGUACUCCCUCCCCUGAGCCGGCUGAGCUGGGGGCCCCCUUCCCUCUUUGCCUCCUGCCCAUGCGCGACGUGGGAAUGGCUCCGUGGCCUGACCGGAACAGCUCUCUGGCCUCGUGGCCAGAUGCCCUCACCUUGGCGCCCAAUACUGCCAACACGAGUGGGCUGCCAGGGGUGCCGUGGGCGGUGGCUUUAACCGGGGCGCUGUUGGCGCUGGCGGUACUGGCCACGGUGGGAGGCAACCUGCUUGUAAUCCUGGCCAUCGCCCGAACCCCAAGACUUCAGACCAUGACCAACGUGUUCGUGACUUCUCUGGCCACAGCCGACCUGGUGGUAGGACUCCUGGUAGUUCCUCCGGGGGCCACCUUGGCGCUGACUGGUCACUGGCCCCUAGGUGCCACUGGUUGCGAGCUGUGGACCUCGGUGGAUGUGCUGUGCGUGACGGCCAGCAUCGAAACUCUGUGCGCCCUGGCUGUGGACCGCUACCUGGCCGUGACCAACCCGCUGCGCUACAGCGCGCUGGUCACCAAACGCCGCGCCCGGGCAGCCGUAGUCCUCGUGUGGGUCGUGUCCGCCGCGGUGUCGUUUGCGCCCAUCAUGAGCAAAUGGUGGCGCGUGGGGGCCGACGCUGAGGCUCAGCGUUGCCAUUCCAAUCCGCGCUGCUGCGCUUUCGCCUCCAACAUGCCCUAUGCACUCCUCUCCUCCUCGAUCUCCUUCUACCUUCCGCUGCUGGUGAUGCUCUUCGUCUAUGCGCGAGUGUUCGUCGUGGCUACGCGCCAGCUGCGCUUGCUGCGCCGGGAGCUGGGCCGCUUCCCGCCAGAGGAGUCUCCGCCGGCUCCGUCUCGCUCUCUGUCCUCCUCUCCCGCGGUGCCGUGCGCUUCGCCCGCAGGGGUGCCCUCCUACGGCCGGCGGCCGGCGCGCCUUCUGCUUCUCCGGGAACACCGGGCCCUGCGCACUUUGGGUCUCAUCAUGGGUACCUUCACUCUUUGCUGGUUGCCCUUUUUUGUGGCCAACGUGGUGCGUGCCCUCGGGGGCCCCUCUUUGGUUCCCAGUCAUGCUUUCCUCGCCCUUAACUGGCUAGGCUAUGCUAAUUCUGCCUUCAACCCGCUCAUCUACUGCCGCAGCCCUGACUUUCGCAGCGCCUUCCGCCGUCUGCUGUGCCGCUGCGGGCCAGAGGAGCACCUCGCCGCGGUAUCCGCGUCCCGCGACCCUGGCGGCACCCCUGCGGCCCUGACCAGCCCCGCGGAGUCCAGGCAGUGCUCACCGCUGGACCGGGCUUCCUGGGGAAUUUCUUAGGCCUUGAAGGACAAGAAACAACGGCUCCGUUGAUACAGAACCUUUGGAAAGCCCUGGCCUGUUUAGAAUGAGCCCUGCGGAGUU